GUAUUGUUGAUGCACGUCUUCGUUUGUCGCAGAGAUUACGCAGCACACAGAGCAUCAAUAUAUGCAAGUUGCUGUGUAGCACUGCAGAACACACCAUAGGCCUAUUAACAACUAGGUCUCACUAUACUUACAGUUUACGAUCUGUAUUGCAGUGGAUUGACCUAUAUGGUAUGGAAACAGAGGCAGCUAAUUGGACUUUGUCAAAUUAGAUCUGUGCUCUCACCCCUGUUGGCUUACAACACACAGGCAGAGAUGACCAUUGACGUGGGAUUUGCGUUGCAUAAUGAGCUUGGAGGGUUCACCAGUGAGGAGAGAUGCUGUGCGCAUGUUUGACGGCUAAUCCCUCAGUUUUAACACCAAUGUGACCUGGAGAGAGAAGGAGCCUAAACAUCAUUAUCAUCAUCAUCAUUUAAAACAAUAUUAACUGUAACUAUCAUUGCAGAGAUAAUUAGAAAAGGUGUUGCGUGGCAGAUUUCAUGAUCUGAUUAAACUAUCCUGCCAAAGUGUGUAACCCAGAUACAGCAUCUCAAUAAACUGUUGACUGUAAAGGAAUUUUUCACCACUCUUAAUAGGCUAGUGGCCCUCAAAACGAGCUGGGUCGCUCUGACUUCAAACAAAACUUGGUAAGACAAGCUGUCGGGGCAGCGUUCCCAAAUAUCCCAAACAAAUCACUUAGAGGUAAACAAUAUGUGCCACAGUCAGGGCCAGGGAGAUAUGAAGAACCUCUGCUGUUGUGAUGUUUCUGAAUUUAAGAACAUCCUCAUGUAGCAUGUGAUUUUAGCUCUUUGAACAGUUGUUGUAAGGGAUAAUAAGCUAAAUGUGGGUGAUAGUGACCCUGUUUUACUGAGUUUUGCACAACUAGUUUACAAUAGUUACUCUUCGUGGUUGCUUUUACCUAAAUUGUUGACUUUGUUGACAUUAAGCAUAGAGAUUUAUAUAAUAAUAUUAUCUCUCCCUGUUAAAGGGUUGUUGAUGAUUUAAAACGUAAUUUUUGUCCAUUCUGACUGUAGCAUCUCUGGCAGGUUUUUCACCUCUAGCCAAGAAAGUUCCUGCUAGUGUAAUGCCCCCACUCUGCCAGUAGGUGUCAGCAAUGCACUUUUCCUUACUUCUGCUUUUUGCCAGGAUUUGUUGCCAAACAAAAAUGGCACACGCAGGUUUUUGACCCAUUUUAUAUACGGAAAUAUUAGCUGGUUGCAGAUAAAACAUGUGUUUAAAUAAUCGUUUUUCCAAAAUAAAUAAAUAAACGAAUAAGUAAAUGAAAACCCCUAAUAAUCGUUACGACUAUAUACGACUAUAAUAAUUUAACAUGUCGGGCCUAAAUCGGGUUAAACCUCUACGUUUCCUCGCUACACGCUGAUUAGGAAACAGUUACAGCUGCCAUUGUUUUGGGGAGAGGUGGGAGGAGUGUGCGUGAUCAUAACAGCAGAGCUAUAAACACUCUGCACUGACUAUGCUCACGCAAUCCAGGAACUAGCCUGUUUAUAGAUCAGCGGAGCGACUGAUUCAACCCUCCUAAACGUCCUCCAAAAGAUUUCUAACACGCUCGACCCCCUCAGCUUGCUUGUCCUCUACAUGGACGAAACUGCCCAAGCAUGCGUGGCGUCCACAUGGACCGUGUCUUCUCAUAACUGCAGGGUUACUCUUUUUAUUGGGUUUCUCGUAUGGCCGGAGCUUGCUGCAAGUGUCCAGUUUCUCUGUCCGUCUUCAAGCGCUCUCUCUCGGUAGCACCGCGGGGCUGCGGGUCCGCUCCUCGGUCCCUCCUGCAAAGCUGGAGACUCGGGGAGCGGGGCCUGCAAGAGGCCGCCCGACCCUGCAGCGCCCUCAGACCCACGGGCUUCUACCGACAAACAGCCUUUCUUUGUCUCUCCUGCCAGGAGUCCAUGAGUGCGAGUCUGCGGACCUGUUACGUGUAUCUGAACCAGACCAGCCGGAGUUUUGCAGCCGUGAUUCAGGCGCUGGACGGAGAGUUGAGACAUGCAGUUUGCAUAUUCUACCUGGUGCUACGUGCUUUGGACACAGUGGAAGACGACAUGACUAUCCCUCUGGACAAGAAGGUGCCCAUGUUGAAUGACUUCCACUCUUACUUGUACCAGGAGGAGUGGUGCUUCAUGGAGAGCCAGGAGAAGGAUCGUCAGGUUCUGGAGGAUUUCCCCACAAUAUCACUUGAAUUUAGAAACCUUGCUCAGGAAUACAGAGAAGUUAUCUCAGAUAUCUGCCACCGUAUGGGAGUCGGGAUGGCUGAAUUUCUGGAGAAGAAAGUGGGAUCCAUGAAGGAGUGGGACCAGUACUGCCACUAUGUUGCUGGUCUGGUCGGCAUCGGUUUGUCUCAGCUCUUUUCUGCCUCUCAACUGGAGGAUCCCGAAGUGGGGCGGGACACCGAACUGGCAAACUCCAUGGGCCUAUUCCUCCAGAAGACCAACAUUAUUCGAGACUAUCUAGAAGAUACACAGGAGGGACGUGCUUUCUGGCCACAAGAGGCUUGGAGCCAGUUUGCAGGUCGUCUGGAGGAUUUGGCUCAGCCUGAGAAGCUGGAGUCAGCUCUGUUCUGUCUCAACUUGCUGGUCACUGAUGCCCUGCGACACGUCCCUGAUGUUAUUGCCUACCUAUCUCGCCUGCGUAACCAGAGCGUCUUCAAUUUCUGUGCCAUUCCACAAGUGAUGGCAAUAGCUACACUUUCUACGUGCUACAACAACCCCAUGGUGUUUCAGGGGGUGGUGAAGAUCAGAAAGGGACAGGCUGUCACCCUCAUGAUGGAAGCCACCAACAUGAGAGCUGUGCAGACCAUCAUCACCCAAUACACCCAGGAGAUUUUACAAAAAGUCUCGCUCACCGAUCCAUCACGGGACAAGACCCUGCAUAUCCUGGCUUUAAUCCAAGAGAAGUCCGCCCUGUCGCAGUCCAGCUUCCCCUCCAGAACCCACCACCUGUCUCCCAUGUACCUGUCAGCUGCCAUGCUACUGGCCGCUCUCAGCUGGCAGUACCUCAGCACUACUGCAGCACAGGCGCAGGGUACGGGUGACAUGCAGGGACAGUGAGCACAUUUAAACUCACUCCUCUUGGAGCUCAAAGACUGGAGAAGUCUAGAUGCCCUCUGGAGUUUUAAUACUCCUCCUGACUUGUGGAAUCCGAGGCACUUCUUCCCACUUUGCGGCUUCAUUGAGGCUGUAAACGACCAUGGACGUAUUGAAGCCGCAGCCCGGUCUCGUUAUGUUGUGUGAUAGUAAAUUGCUGAAUUGAUAGUCCAUCCUCCAUCAGACUCAAAAACCACGAUGACCAUUUUAGGAUUUUGGGGAAUGGGAUUUGUUUAUUUUUGUUUCAAAGUUUAGUUUUGAUUUAUUUUCCCUAAUAUCAACUUUAGCUUUGUAUUCUUAUGUCUCUUUUAGAAGAAACACUUGAAAGUUACAUAAAUCCACUUUACAGUAUUUGCACUGUGUUGGACUGAUCUCUCCUGAAGUUUGUUUCAGUACAUUUCAUGAUUGAAUUUAAUUACAACCGUCUCUUUUAAAAUAUUCAGAAAAGAACUGUGUGCAAUACUGUGGUAGUUUAAUCUGAACUGAACUGUUCAAAUGGAUUAGGAGAAAAAAAGCUAUAUUGAAGGUAUGGAAGUUGCUAGGUAAGUGUCCUUAUUACGGCUUUGGUGAGUUGCGAGGCUAGCUCAGAGGAAUCUUGUACAGAACCAAAGGAGCGCUGCAAACAUUGCUAUGUAAUGUGACAUUUUGAUUUGUACAUAUUUGAACAAAUUAAAAAGUGAAAGAUUGUAAA